AGGUAUAAAUACAUCACUGAUUUGAAAAAUUGGAACUUAACUGCGAUUACAGACUCAGAGCUCCAAUGGCAUAAAGGACGUAAGUAUGAUUCGUAGUUCCGAUUCAAGCUUCAAAACCAAGAAACACCAAUGCCUUAUCUUACUCAAGCUUUGCUCCUCAUUUAAACAUCUUCUACAGAUCCAUGGCCAAGUCCAUGUCUCCGCUCUCCAAAAUAACAGCUUUAUUAUCAGCGAGCUUGUACGGGUAUCUUCACUGUCUCACGCCAAGGACCUUACUUUUGCACGAACCCUUCUGCUUCACUCUUCUGAUUCGACUCCUUCCACUUGGAAUAUGCUUAGCCGAGGCUAUUCUUCGAGUGAUUCUCCUGUAGAAUCGAUAUGGGUUUACUCUGAGAUGAAGAGACGACGAAUCAAUCCUAAUAAGCUCACUUUUCCUUUCCUUCUCAAGGCUUGCGCUUCAUUUUUAGGUCUCACUGCAGGGAGACAGAUCCAAGUUGAGGUUUUGAAGCAUGGGUUUGAUUCUGAUGUCUAUGUUGGGAACAAUCUUAUCCAUCUGUAUGGUUCUUGUAAGAAAACUUCUGACGCCAGGAAGGUGUUCGACGAAAUGACUGAGAGAAAUUUUGUUUCUUGGAACUCGAUCAUGACUGCUCUCGUUGAAAAUGGUAAGUUCAAUUCGGCGAUUCAGUGUUUUCUGGAGAUGAUCGGUUUGCAUUUCUGUCCCGAUGAGACGACCAUGGUGGUUUUGCUCUCUGCGUGUGCUGGUAACUUGAGCUUGGGAAAAUUGGUACAUUCACAGGUGAUGGUAAGAGAGUUAGAGUUAAACUGUAGACUUGGUACUGCACUUGUCGACAUGUAUGCAAAAUCUGGUGGGUUAGGGUAUGCUAGGUUUGUUUUUGAGAGAAUGGCUGACAAAAAUGUUUGGACUUGGAGCGCCAUGAUUGUAGGAUUAGCACAAUAUGGAUUUGCAGAAGAAGCACUUCAACUUUUCUCGAAGAUGAUGAAAGAAUCAUCUGUUAGACCAAACUACGUGACAUUUCUCGGUGUUUUAUGCGCUUGUAGCCACACGGGAUUGGUGGAGGACGGGUACAAAUACUUCCACGAAAUGGAGAAAACACACAAGAUCAAACCAAUGAUGAUUCAUUAUGGGGCAAUGGUCGAUAUACUGGGACGUGCUGGUCGACUAAACGAGGCCUAUAACUUCAUAAAGAAAAUACCUUUGGAGCCUGAUGCGGUUGUUUGGAGGACUCUACUAUCUGCGUGUAGUAUCCACCACGAUAACGAUGAUAAGGGAAUUGGAGAGAAAGUAAAGAAGAGAUUGAUUGAGUUAGAGCCAAAGAGGAGUGGGAAUUUGGUGAUUUUGGCGAAUAGGUUUGCGGAAGCGAGGAUGUGGGAUGAAGCAGCAGAAGUGAGGAGGGUAAUGAAGGAAACUAAGAUGAAGAAGAUCGCUGGAGAGAGUUGUCUAGAGCUAGGAGGGUCAGUUCAUAGAUUUUUCUCUGGGUAUGAUCCUCGUUCUGAGUAUGUAUCCAUCUAUAAGCUAUUAGAUUUGUUCAAGUUUCACUUGACAUAUGACAAUCAUUUGGUGUCUAGUGAUCUGAAUCAAUAAUCGUCGUAACGUCUCUUCUAGUUUUUGAGUAAAAAAAAAAGAGAGUAACUACAGAAAUAGAUUCUCUUGUUAAUAUUUUUUUAUUUUACAAUUUAAGACCUUUGGUAUUUCCUCGAUGUGAGAUUGAAGAUGAAGAAGAUGUGUGUAUCGUCUUCCCUUUGAGAGUUCUAUCUGUUCAAAUUGUGUUGGUUCAUAGUUUCACUUCUUCUUGUUUGUA